GUCACACACCUCUCGCAAGUUGCAAGAAGAGGAGAAAAAAAGAAAAAGAAAAAAAAAAACACCUAAGUCGAGCUACAUACCACGACAGACAAGUGACAAGAAGUGGCCGUUCGGUGUAAACCAUCCCAUUUCUCGCUCACCGGCUAGUCCUUUCCCAGUUCCUAAAGUCCCGUUCGCAGGGAAACACCACUGCACCCUCAAACCAGGUCGUUCCAACGGUCGGUCUUGAAAUCUCUCCGAAUUCCCCUUCUUUGUUAAAUAAGGCAAAACCACCCAUCCUCGUGCUAUCGGCAAACGCAGUUGUGUAACCACAUAAUACGCCAAACCAACGACACACCAUCUAAAACCGAACAAUUAUCGAUCGUCAUGAGUCUGGCAGAAGCAACACCCCUCAGCGCCGGCCAGGCAGCUGUGAACCCCGCCGUCGCUACCCACGUCGGCGCCGACAGACUAGGUGGCGAUGCGACUCCCCGCGCUUCGAGCCAGCACAACACGGAGUCGGAUAACAGCAAGAAGGACGUGAAGAACAAGGUGCGCGGCCUGUUCGGAUUGGGGAAGAAGAAGGAAGAUUCAAAUAUCUCCAACAAGAUGUCGUCUUCGACCAAACCUGCCUCCACCGUCACCAGCAACCCCUCCUUGUCAAGAGAUCCCUCCAGCGCGUCAGCUCGAUCUACCGCCUCGCCCUCCGUCGGCGACCAUUCGCACGCCUAUCCCGCGUCGCCAGGUCGUGGAAUCUCCACCUCCCCGCGGGUGCCCUCCCCUGCCGGCUCCCAGAUUUUCGAGCGAGAUGUCGACAAUAUGUCGAUCAAGCCUCAAUCGCCUGCCAUUCCCUCCCACAUUCAGACCGAGAACCACAUUCCGCCAGUCCUCGAUGCUUCGUCCGAGGCCAUUACGGACGACCACCUCGACCCCGAUUCCGUCGAGAUCGUCACUCAUGCGCAGCAUCAACCCGCCGCAGCCGCUGUGACCGGUGCCAACGGAACACCCUAUGCUUCCGACUCCAUGUCGGCAUCCUGGACGGAGGAGCUUCGUGCAUUCGCCGACCGCGACGACGCAUCCAACUUCAACUCGCCCGACAACGCCGACGUGCGAAGAUUGAGCUUCAUCUCCUUUGCCGAUGUCGUCCAGGCCGAGCACGGCGGCCACGCCGGUGCAGUAGGCUCGCGGGACUCGAUCCACGUCGCCGGCCUGACGUCCCUGUCGUCCAUCAACGCCCGCUCGCCCUCGCCCAUUCGGUCGCCCGUGUCGUCGCAGGGCCCGGGUACCUCGCCGCCCACAAGUAACCCGGCCUCCAUCAAGGGACUCGAAAUGUCCCCCGGCCGUAAACCCCUGGGCAGCCCCAUUUCGUCCCAUCACAACCUUAACAUGAGCGGCGAGCUCAACAUUGAGACAAUGUCGCAGGCGCUCAGGCGCACGGGAAGCACAGAUCUCGGUGGGGUUCGCAGCUUGCCUACAAGCCCCAUCGAGGGACCAUUCCGCUGAAUAUCACCGCGUACGAUGAAACCUCAACCGAAAAGAAAAGAAGAAGAAAGGCAACACAUUUUUUUUAUACAGGUACGGAGUCGGAGGCAACGGGAGAACCAUUGAUACCAAAGUGGACGUUUCUAUCGCGUGUUUUUAUUUCAUGUCACUAACGAUGUUCUCUCUUUCGAAAUGCCCUCGCAUGAGCAAAGCAGCCUUUGGGAAGCUAUCUUAUGCAUAAGGGAAAAAGACCGGGAUUUUCCGGCUUUUCUUCCUCUUCUUUUUUUCCUUUCUUUUUUUGGAGUUGUCGGGCAAAGAAGGAUAAAAUAUCUUGUUGCUUUUCAACGGUGUCUGUUUGCGUCUAAGCGCGCGCGCGGCUGUUUUGCGGGAUAUCUCAAGGCUGGAGACUCGAACAAGCCGCCUAGACGAUCCAGGCUUGGAUCAGAUGCACUCUGCUUUUUUUCUUUUGAUCGUGCGCGGCACUCCUUCCUAGGCAACGGAAACCGAGAUUGUGAUGUGCGGAAUGGGAAAUACUUCAAAGCAAAUUUCUCUGGGUGAGAGGAAUAUUGAUGAAUGAAUGGAAUACGUUUUCUC